CUGUGUCCAGCUCCGCUUGGCGACAACGGCAACUGGGGGGGUUGUUUUGAUUAAGGUUGACGGAUUUUUUUUUUCCCUUCUUGUUUUUACUCCCGUAUUGUUGCGUUGAGUUCCAGGAUGUUUGAUGCGCUUUCUAAGCGUUCAUCCCUCGGCUGUUCUUCACGUCGCCGGCGGAGAAAUAAACUUGGGAAUAAUCGAUCUUAGAGCUGAGAGGAGCAACUUUUCCAACUGCCGUAGUAGUCAACGGGCUGACCUAUGCUAAGCUAACCCACUAGCCCAAAGUCAGGAAUUUCUUGUUAAAAGUUCACAAACGAAUGAGCGAACUUUACAGUUCAGGAUUCGGUGACUAUAUGAGAUUUACUGGCAACUUUGACAGAGAAACCUGCCCCUCGGAGCCUCACUUUAUUUGGGUCGGAGCGGCCGGUGCAGGUGCACCUCUUGCGGCACCUGCGAAGACAGUAACUUAGCUCCAUCGGUAGAGUGCUAACUUUAGCUUGUUCAUGUUAGCAUUAAGUAGAGGCUGAGGCAAUGUUGUGGAGAAACUUUUCUCUCGUGGCUGAGGUUAUUUGAGAUUUAAGACUUCAGUUGUUAAGCUCCAAUAUUGUAUCGCUGUUUAGCCGUCAGCCCAUAAAGUGGUGACAUAUGUUAAAAAGUAUUUCAGCUAACCUUAGCCAGCAUCCCCGCUAGCUAGUUAUUGACCCUCAUACACUUUUACCGGAGUGGCGACGUGGAUAUAGAGUUGUAGAGGUUCUCUCCCACAGGACUUUGGACACGGUUUGACCCUCCCGUGGGCUGCGCUGGGACUUCCCCUCUGUUCUCAUCAGCUAGCCUCGUAGAUAUGACAGCUUGCGUAUUUCAAAAAGUUACGUCGUACCGUUUUAAAGUUUUCAUUUUGUUCUAAAAGCUCUGCACCCUAUGGUGCGGCUACGGCCACCGAGAAAUGGAUGUCUCGCAGGCCGCUUUCCCAAACGGUGAAGGGCGGCCGGGCGGCGGUGGGACCGGGGAGCAUGCCUGGACAGAUUCACCGUCAGUGCGGGCGUGGGCUCACUCUGCCCCGCUCUGCCCAACUCGGUCCCUGUGGACGGCCGCAUACGACUACGAGGCAAGCGGAGAGGAUGAGCUCAGCCUCCGUCGAGGGGACGUGGUGGAGGUCCUAUCCAAGGACGCGGCGAUCUCCGGGGACGAGGGAUGGUGGACGGGUAAAAUCAACCACCGGGUCGGGAUUUUCCCCUCCAACUAUGUCACCUACCAACCUGCUAUUUACCGUCUCCCAGCUACGAGUGGGUCAGUGGGGGCACGAGAGCGAGUCCCGAGCUCGCCCGUUCAGAUUCCCUUCAGUGAACUGGUACUUGAGGAGAUCAUAGGCGUGGGUGGAUUUGGCAAAGUUUACCGGGGAACAUGGAAAGAUCAAGAAGUCGCCGUGAAGGCGGCUCGCCAAGACCCGGACGAGGACAUAACAGCCACCGCCGGCAGUGUUAAACAAGAAGCUAAACUUUUCUCCAUGCUGCAGCACCCCAACAUUAUUAAACUGGAAGGAGUGUGUUUGGAGGAGCCUAACCUGUGUCUCGUUAUGGAGUAUGCCCGAGGCGGGACACUGAACCGGGUGCUGACCGGAAGGCGCAUCCCUCCACACAUCCUGGUCAACUGGGCCGUGCAGAUUGCACGCGGGAUGCACUAUCUACACGAGGAGGCCGUGGUACCCAUUAUCCAUCGUGACCUGAAGUCUAGCAACAUUUUAUUACUUGAAAAGAUUGAGAAUGACGACAUCGGGAGGAAGACCUUGAAGAUCACAGAUUUUGGCCUGGCCAGGGAGUGGCACAAAACCACAAAAAUGUCUGCGGCAGGCACCUACUCCUGGAUGGCUCCCGAGGUCAUCAAAUCAUCUCUCUUCUCCAAAGGCAGUGACGUCUGGAGCUAUGGUGUCUUGCUGUGGGAGCUGUUAACAGGAGAGGUGCCAUACCGAGGGAUAGACGGCCUGGCUGUUGCUUAUGGCGUGGCAGUCAAUAAGUUAACUCUGCCAAUCCCCUCCACUUGCCCCGAACCCUUCGCCAAGCUCAUGGAAGAGUGUUGGGACCAGGAUCCCCAUGUGCGUCCUUCCUUCUCCUGCAUCCUGGAGCAGCUGUCGGCCAUCGAGGAGGCGGUCAUGGCCACCAUGCCCCAGGACUCUUUUCACAGCAUGCAGGACGACUGGCGUGUGGAGAUCCAGGAGAUGUUUGAUGAGCUCAGGACCAAAGAGAAGGAGCUACGUUCCAGAGAAGAGGAGCUGACACGGGCCGCCCUCCAGCAGAAGUCUCAGGAGGAGCUGCUGAAGCGUCGGGAGCAGCAGCUGGCAGAGCGGGAGAUCAACGUGCUGGAGAGAGAGCUCAACAUCCUCAUUUUCCAGCUCAACAAAGACAAGCCCAACGUGAAGAAGAGGAAGGGCAAAUUUAAACGUUCCCGCCUCAAACUGAAGGACGGAAACCGCAUCAGCCUGCCUUCAGACUUCCAGCAUAAGAUCACUGUGCAGGCGUCGCCUUCUAUGGACAAGAGGCGGAGCCUUCAUAGCACCAGCUCCUCUCCUCCCAGCAGCCCCACACUCAUCCCUCGGCUACGAGCCAUUCAGCUUACCCAAGAUGAGAGCAACCGUACAUGGGGCCGCAGCACCCUCUUCAGGCCAGAGGAGUUUGAUGAUGUGAAAAAGGGAAUCAAGAAGAAAGGAAGAACCUGGGGCCCCAGUUCUGUACAGAGCAAAGAAAGGCCUGCUGCUGCUGAGAGAGUGCGUCCUCUGUCAGACGGCAGUAACCCCUGGUCCACCAGCCUGGUGAAGUCCCAGAAGUCUGUCCCUCUCGCUGCCCUGUUUGCCGAACAAGCGGGGGCCGGUAAAGACGAGGCAUUUGCCCAGGAAUGUCCGGACAGCAGCUCCAAACCAAAGCAGCUCAAGUUCCCCAACCAGGUGUACAUCGAUCUACCUCUGUGGAGGGACGAGCAGCAGCCUCAGAGCCCCGGGGGGCAUUGUGGGCCGGGAGAUUCCGGCGCCGGGGCAGGAGGUCAGGGUGGCCCACCAGAGACCCCAGACGACCCCUACACCACCACAUCAACCUCGUCCACUUCCACCACCCCACAGCUCACCCCCACCAACAGCCUGAAACGUACGUCAGCUCGCCGCAAGACUGACUCCGUGCUGUACGGCUGCGGCUCGUUGCUGGCUUCAGUUGUGCUCGGCUAUGACAUUAGGGAGGCUCUCAAAAACUCAGCCCCUGGUGAAGAUUGCGAGCCCCAGCGUGAGGAGAAAGAGAAAAAGAAGAAGGAGGGCCUGUUUCAGCGCGCAACCCGGUUCCGACGCAGCACCUCACCGCCGAGUGGUCGCUCCCGCAAAGACGAGGCGUCGUCGAACCACACCUCCACCCAACCUGUCAAUCUCAUCUCCAUGUCAGCCAUUAUGGAAUGCAACUCCACCAAGUGUCUCUUGCAGUCUGAGGCGGAAGUGUCCGAGUCUAGCCCCGGAAAAGUGGAGCAUGUGGCUGUCAAUCAUCACACAGAGCCAUUCAGACCUGGCCCAGCAGCGUCCACAGACGGCCAGAGUAACAGGACCGCAGCUAAAACACAGACGCCAGUGCAAACCCAAAGCCAGCCACCAGAGCAGAGCAACCAUAACACGGGGACACGACUACGCAGGAAGAAAUACACCACCAACCACAACAGCAAUGGCCCACCCGCUCUGCCUCCUCCAGCCACACAGAAGAAGCAGGAGAAAGAGAAGGACGUAGUACCAGAGAAGCCCUCUGGCGGGGAGGCCUUCUCCAGACCACGGCCAGUGUCGUUCCGGGCCAAACCCCACACCUGGGCCCUGCUGCGAGGACGCAACAAGAGCUACUCCCUGGGCCACUACUCCGGAGAGAAGACGGCACAAAACCUAAACAUGGUGCUGUCGUCAGAGGUGGGGGUGGGCUGCUCCCUGCUGGACAUGGACACAGAGGGACAGAAACGAGACUGCACUGUGCCUCUCUGCCGCAUUCAGAGUUCCCCGGCACGGCCCUCCGUCUUCGAGCUGGAGAAAGAAUUCCUCUCUUAGGAGCCUUGAGAGGUGAUCUGCUGUGGUCAUAGUUCAUCCCAUACAAUCUAGAGCUUUCCAGAACAUACGGACAGAAUUUUUGGCCUAGAACUCCUGGAGGGUUUAGAACCAGGCUGCCUUUAAAAAACAAAAACAAAAAAAAAGAAAAGUUCUAUGACAUAGAACCCAGCAUUGUCUUAGUUCUAGAAGAUAACCAAGUCUAAGACAUCUCGAGGGAGUUCUAGAACUUGCACCCUUAUCUCAGUUUGAGAGCGGCCUUUCUAUGUGUGAGGCCUUACACACUGCCGUGUCUAAUCUAGAACACACAAACACGUAGGUCUGAAACCCGAGCAGAACAUUGCAGAGCUGGAUCAGCAGAUCUUCCUCUGAUCCCUCGGUGCUCGACUGCCACCUUCGUUCGCUCAUCUCUCCCUCCCUCUCUCACUCUCUGACUCCCCCCCCUCCCCCUCCCUCCUUUGUCAUCCUCCUCCCUUCUCGUUCUGUCGGUGCAGCUAAACGUUGACCGCUGCUGCAGCUUUCGCAACACAAUACCUUCACCUUUUUAUUUAUAUAUAUAUUUUUAUAGGUAAUUUAAUAUGAAAAGACUUGACCUUACCUUAGCAACCAGCAGGACACAUACAUUCCAUGUCAGUUUCAAAGUUGUGCGAUCACGCUUUUAGAUUUUUUCGACUUGAGGAUCAUGCAUGCCUGUACCCUUAAAAUGUUGAACAAAAAAAAAAAUCAUUAUGCCUUGUUUGUAAAUAUUUCUUUUUAUCCAUUAUCAGCCUAAUGCUGGCGGUUCUUUUGUAUUGCAUAUCUGCUGUGUUAUGACUAUUUUGAAAGUCAGCGAUGCUGCAGUACCGUUUGUGCUCUUGGGGAAGUUUACAUCCUGGAUCGUUGGAUGUAAGUAUGUUUCCUCCUAAAAGGCCCUGAAGAUUUUAGAGAUGCAGGUAGAAACACACUGGAAGUCGUCAAAGGAGACUUUGAAUCUUUUCACGUGAAAGUUGGAUUAAAUUUUAAAUGACUGUUGUGGUCAUGUGUUGCUAAUAUGGAUUUUUCUAAGAGUAUUUAUAGAAUGGUUUCUUUGGUUAAUAUUUCGUGUACCUCUGCACACUGCAGCAGAGUGGGUUGUGGGGGAUCAUAGUAAUUUGGGGCAGCAAAAUUACUAUGAUCUAAUCCCCCUGAUGACGGCUGAUUGGCUGGACCUGUGAUGACACAGCAUGAUAUCAGAUUGAAGUUGUGGACGGAUUUCCACACAGCCCGGGAGUGGCCACAGACAAUUUUAUGAGUGCACAAAAUGGCAAAUACCUGUACUGUUAAACCAGACUGACCCUGUUCCUUCAAGUACUAAAGAUUCUCAUUUUGUCUUAAUUCAUGUCCUCAGCUUUAUUGUCAUGUGCAAACUAUUUUGUAAUUUAUGCAAACAAGUUGUUUUUUCUUUUCUUUUUUUUUUUUUUUUGUAAGCUCAACUUGGACUUUAUUACUCAGCGUCUUUGAUUUCACCCCCGUCGCCAUCAUUAUACACCUGUACUGCUACCGUUUAGUUGGUUUACAGUUUAGCUGAGUCAGGUUUUUGGUUUUGUUUUAUUUCUGUUUAUACACUUUUUAUGUAACAUUAAGCAAACAGUUUCCCCAUGUAGCCAAUUUUCUUAUCUCUAGCUCAGGAAAGUCUGGAGACAUUUACGAGUUCUGAAUUUGGCCUUUUAUUAUUAUACUGUAAACUAACCUCUGGAUUAACAAAGGGCUCAUUAUCCUGAUUUGUUUUUCUGGACCUCUGUGAAUUUGACAGCAUGGCGGUCUGACUAUGCAGGAUAUAUACUAUACCUAGUUCCAUGGUCACUCCCGGGCUCUUUAAAAAAAAAAAAAAAGAAAAAGAAAAAAAAAAGAUGAUGAUGAUUUUAGUCCCUCAGCUUUUUAUCGCUGUCUUACUUCAGUCUGUUUUUGAGAGUUCAUUAGAAAAUGUGUCCCACUUUUGAAGGACAAGACAAGGGCUCAUUUACAGUAAGAUAUGAAUUCCCAAAUGGUGUAAAUAUAAUUGUGAUUCCCGAUGUGUAUAUCACUGUGGCAUCUUACGAUGAUGUAGAAUGUGAAGUAUCACAUGUUCUGUACUUUUUGACCACUGAGUUUCAAACCAGGUCCAACACUGUCAAAGGCCUUGCAAAUAAUCAGGCUGUUUAAAAGGUGCAGUUUACAAGUCAAGAUAUCACUGGAUUUAUCCAUUUAAAAAAAAAAAAAAAAAAAAAAAAAAAGAAUUAAGGGUAUC